AUGGAUGGGACCGGCGAACUCCUUUGCCGCAAAUGCAACGAGCCCACCACUGUUUCGACUUCCCAUGCAACGGGACGAAACGAGUUGCUCAGGAUUUGCCAGGAGUGCGGCGGCACGGAGCGGAUCUUGAACAAGCAGAUCGCGAAGAGUUUGGCUCAGAAGAAAGCCAAAGAGGGUGAGCUCAAUGCUCACGACGAGGAUCUGCUGAACAAGUGCCAGACUGCUGCGGACUUGAAGAAGCAGCUGGGGAAGAUGACGAAGGAGGAGCAGUACGAGUGGUACAGGAGUGAAAGGAAGUCCCACCGCCAGGACGGUGGUGGUGGUGGCGGUGUGUCUACGAAGAGAACAUUUGCCACCGCCGUCGGGGUUGUCGAAGACACUCGGCGGGCUUCCAUGAGAAACAGCGAGCAGGAUAGGUGGUGGAUUGAGAAAGACUGGGUCGCCAGAGAGAUGACCUUGGGCCUCGUGAAGAACUACGAGGAUGGGCGGACGAAGUUCUUGAAAAGGUGUCAGGAUGAUGACACCGAGAGCAAGCAGUUGAGACGCGUCUGGAUGCUGAAGGAGUUUGGUGGCUUGCUGGGCGAGCUCGCACAGGAGCACAGCGUAGCAGGAACUCUUCGCCAGCGAAUGGACGUCACAGACCAGAGCGAGCUGGCUGUCUGCCAAGAGCUGACAGCACAGAGGCUCAAAAAGGCCGCUGAAAGGCUGGCAACCGAAAAGGCCAUGCUCGACCAAGGCAUGGAAAACGCCUCGGUGCCGGGACUGCAUGUCGCCCGAGACCUCGAUCAGCUCAAGCAGGAAGAGGCUCUGCGAGAUCAAAGGUGGAUGGAAACGGUGCUGGAGAAGCAACAAGCCGACAAGGAAAGGCUUGAGAAUAAGGACAAGAAGAAACCCGUUAGGGCAGUGCUCUUCCUGCAGAUCAAGAAUGCCCAUGCCCGGGAGGAGACCAUGCUUGCCUCCGCACACGGCAAGCAGCAGGAAGCCUUCACCGGCCUGAGAGAAGAGACUCAGGCAAUGAUGGCAGAGGAAGACGAAGGAACAAAGAAAGAGUUCCAGUCAACAAUGGAUGCACUCGAAGAGGACUUGGGCAAACUUCUUCAAUCCAUCCCUGAGCUCGCAGCAAAGCGGAAAAUCAAGGAGGAGGAGAUGGCUUCGACGGUGAAGGACAGGAUGAAGGCCUUCCGAACUUUGGUCAACGAGGCCAAAAAGGCUUUGGCCAAAAAGGACUCGCUGGCCAAGAAGAAGGCAAAGAACAAGGCCCUCACCGUUGCCACAUCUGCGAACGGCACCUCGUCGCAAGCCGCAGCUGACAUCGCAAUCAGCCCGGAGAUGCUGGACUGUGUCUGCUGGAUGCGAAAGGAGCUGUUGAAGGAAAGAUGGUCGAAGUUUCAGCGAGGCAGCAACGGGGUGUGGUUCAAUCUGCAGGAGGAUAUGCUGGAUCAGAUGCCUGGCAAGGGCCCAGUGCUGAUCCCUGCCGAGCAAAUCACAGGCCUGCUCAAGAGUGUUCACGAUCUGGUUUACUACCAGUCCCAGAAGCAGUGGUUAGGAGAGAAGAUGAAGACAGAUGGCAGAGGUGUAACCACUGCGGUGAUCACACGAGAGGCAGUUGCGAAGCAAGUUCUCGGCUUCAUCGGCAAGAGCCUGCCGGUGGCAGUCGCUGACCGCCUUUCGCUUCCGGGGGAUGAAGAUCUGCUGGACCUGUGGAGGCCCAUGUUCUGCCAGUGCAUGGGCGGCCGUGUGGACACCAGCACAGCCUUCAGCCUGCCAGAGCUGACGGUGCAUCUCGAGGGGACAAGCGUUUUCUUCGCCGGCUUCCGUGCCACCCAGGAAACACAGCUCGGGGACUUCAAAGCCCUCACGUCGCAAGAGUUGUUUGACCGCUGCGAGUGGUUUGCAAACUUGUCCGCCGGCCAGGGCAUCGUCCUGCCGCCAGGGAUGGUGUACAUCAUGAUCAACACGGAGUACGACGUCGAGAAGGAUGACAGCCCCGAAAGCAUUCCAGCCCACAUGCUGAAGUUGUUCGUACUGACGGCGAGCUCCUGCAAAUGGGCAUCAAGCCUUGCAAAGGUGGUCGCCCGCACCCCCGAGCUGGGUGCCAAAAGAACAGGUAAACUUCUGAACCACUUCCUCAGCGUGCUGGACUAA